UCAAUAAGCUAAAUAUAUAAGUCAUGGCAGCGAUGGUAGGUCGCCGUAAGGAUAUAUGGAGAUUAUUAUAUAGCUUAGUAAAUUGUACUACAACAGACUUGAAUGAUGUUUUCGCUUUUAUUAACGAUAUAUUGUGCAAAGAACAUAGUUUGAUAAGACAAUCAACGCGAGAAUCGACAAACUGUUUCCAGGAUACUUUUAUAUUAUGGCUGACAAGCAAAUUGAUUAAGUGUUUUACUUUUCAAGAUGAAAAUAUUUUAGAACAAAACUUACAAAUUCAACAUAAGCUAUUAGAUUCGUGCUUAAUUAACCGCCCAGCCCUGUUUGAACGACUGGUAACGGCUUAUGUGCAAGCUAUAGAUCAACUUAUCGAAUCAUAUGCCAAAGAGGACCUCUUGUCCGAUAGCCCGAGUCAACUAUAUAUAACAGCAUUUACCACAACGGACACUUGCUUAAAAACAAUAGACGAGCAUUUUAGUUUUGAUUGCGUACAAGUAAGCAUUGAAGAAGUGAAUGACAUUGCACAAGCUCUUCUACAAGUUGUAGAUCAUUGUCUGAUUGUUGGGUACGCCGAUUUUCCCGCAAUAUUUGAAAACUCCCUACUCAUCAUUUUUAAAACGCUUAAAGAAUGCGAUAUUAUUACAAAGUUAUAUUGUUUUCAAUACGUUAAAAGUGUUUUUAGGAAAACUACGAUUUUAAAUGAACAUUUACAUGGCAUAUUUGAAUUGACAUUGGAGGCGCUAACUGUAAUAUGGGAAAAAUUGCCUGUUUGGUUGGACAAUAAUUGCUUCUCUCAAGAGACUUUCAACGAUUUAAUUGAUGAAUCGUCUUCAAUUGUAGUUACGUUGGCAAGAUUUCAUCAACAAUUGAUCAACAAAAGCCAAAUACUUCAACAUUCCGUUAGCUUAAUGCAAUAUACUGUAGAGUUACAUCAUUGGCGAAGUGAACGAUUGCAUUAUGAUUUAACACUUCUAACUCAAUUUGUUAGAUCUUUAAUUAACUUUGCGUUUCCCUUGAUGCAUUACUAUCCGGAAGUACAUCAAAAUUUAUUAAAGAAAGAAUUAAAUCAAUCGUUGAAAAAAUCAUCAGAGUCAUAUAUUUUGAUGAUGCGUUUAUUGCCUCCUUUAAUUAAUAUUAAACCUUUAAAGGAAGAAACGCAAAUACUUCUGCAAUAUAUAUGGAAUAAAAUUGAUAGUUUUCCUCAAAAAAACUAUAUUUUAAAACACGAUUAUGAUGCAGUUAUAGAAUCAAUAGCUUCAUUAAUGCUUAUAGAGCACUCGUUAGUGCGAAGACAGCAACAAAAAUUUCUAAAUAAGGCGGCGGAUUUGGAUUUAAAAAACUUACCACUUAGCUUAAAUGCUGUUGAUUUAUUGAUCCCACUAAAUCUAAAGAAAGAAAGCGUACGUUUGACCUUAGAAAGUAUUGUAACUAAACUGAAAUCAAUAUCUACGGAUGGCAACAAUUUCCUUGAUUAUUCAGUUAAGAUGGCCGGGCUUAUAUUGAAAUCGGAUUUUAUGCGUAGUUUCCUCACCCAGAAAGCGCAAUUUGCGCUCUUAGAGUUACUUUUGCAUCCUUUAAAAAGCUCUACCGUGUAUGUGAAACAAUCCCAGUUAGUAGACAAUUGCUUAGAUCUUCUAAAUCAAUUACAAUUUGAGGUCUCCUUGGAGGCGCAAAAACUUAUUACCGCCUCGACAGCGGCCAUAAUCAAGAAUGUGUUCGAAAAUUCGUCGUCUCUCAGUUACAAGUCAAAAUUUUCUCAGAGCUUAGAGCACUUUUUGGCAUUUGGAUGGUUUGAAAAUGAUUUCUUAUUGAAGGAGUUUAAAAAACUUUUGCUUAGUUAUCCCGAUUUAUUUUACAUAUUUUUGAAAAACAUAAGCUGCCUUAAUGCGCAAAAAUCUUAUACCGUCAUUGCGACAUUUGGAGCAUCCUCCGAAAUUGCUAGUUUGGAACCGUAUCAUUGGUUUAGUCUGGAGAUAAUUUGCCAUGAAUGCCAACCAUUUGUUAAAAGUGGCUCUGAACUGAUGAAAUAUUUAGAAAAUCACGAGGCGGUCAUAAGACUUCAAUACGAAACUCAGGCUUUUGAACGAGAAAAAGGCUUACCAGGUGAAGUUCACACUCAUUUGCUUCGGCAGCUAUUUGUAAAGCCUCAUUACGCUUUCGCAGUCAAUCAUUUAAAUAACUAUAAUGUUACAGUUGAGGAUUGUGUUGAAAUUAUUACAAAAUCCUUGGAUAUUUCCUGUUUCCAUUUGUCUACGUUUAGUUUAAUGGUUACAGAAUGUUUCAAACCUCAUCAUGAAAGCAAGUUUUUGCGACCAAUUGCAUGUGCUCUUCUGCAGCAUACUACGAAAUCGUUGAAAUCUGUUAAAAAUGUAGACUAUCAACGGGCUGUGUUACAACUACUUACUUGUUGUACGGAAAAUGGUUGGUUAAGCGAACAGUGGCUAUAUCAUUUUUUCAAAAUGACUUUUUUCUAUUUAAUACAUCCAAACUCUAAGGUGGCCCAUGAAGCCGUUUUAUGUGCCACAGAAAUGUGUGCUCGUUAUGGUAUUCAACCCAUACAGUUGUGGAAUUGGUAUAAACGCGAUGCAUUAAACUUAUUGAAAGAACUUAUUGUCUUUUCAUAUCUUGCGAAAGGUAUUCGCAUGACUAGAUCGUUAAAAUCUUUCACCAACAUGCUGGGUUUCUCUUGUGUACAAGAGUUUAUCUGCAAAUAUUAUCGGCUUUUAGUUGCCAUAAUUCUGCCAUAUUGUGUUAAGGAACCGCGUUGCAAGGGCCUCAUUAUUAGUAUUUCAAAAAUGACACGCAAACCCGUAUCUAACCUGUUCAUUGUUUCAUUUCUACGCACAUACAGUCACAUUUACUUAACUGAAGAUUUUGAAGUGGGAAACGCUUGCAUUGAUCUAAUUAUUAAAUGUACGGGAACCGAUCUCAACCAUUUGAUGAAUGCAGAUGUUAAACAAACUGUUUCAGAAUUUCUGGUGUAUUUUAACAGGAGUCCCCUGUUUGUAAUGCAAGCAUUUCAGUGCCUGUUGCCUCGUGAGAUAGGCGCUAAAUCGUUGACGAGUCCCACACUUGAAUUUACUAAUUUUAUUGCUGAUCGUUUUUUGGGAGUAAUAACAUAUUUUCAAACCUGCUUAGCCGAGCCAAAUUUCGAAAAAUCCCUUAAAGAAGAGACUCUCUACAGUUUAGCACAAAUUAUGCGCUUAAUCGGUUCGCAAAAUGUAACGCAAUUUCGCUUCAAAAUUAUGGCUAUGCUUAGUUUUGUUCUAACUCUUCACGAUGGAAAUUUGCAAAAUAUUUGUUUGAAAAUUUGGCAUAUUUUCCUGCAUAUUGUCAAUAUUCAAGAAUUGGGACCGUCGUUAAGUCGGAUAGUUGCUACAUUACAACCUCUGCUACCACAAAACUUCGAAGAAAUUAACGAUAUCUAUCAUUAUUUGAUUUUAAAAAAUGAUAAUCUUCUCGGUUUGUAUAUCCCGAAUUUAUACUUUUUGGAAAGUGAAGUGAAUCUUAGAUCGGAAAUUCACGCUUAUGUAAAACAACAAUCUGAUCUGUCGAAAACUGAACGUUCAAGUUUUUUGGAAAAAUUGGGGUUUCUUUAUAAACAAAUCUCCAAUGAAAACCUGCAAGUUCGUAUACAUGGAUUACGAUAUUUAAAGAGUUUUAUUAGUCAACACCGCGAAGAAAUCAACCAUUUAACGUUGGAUAUAAUAAGGGUUGAUCCUUUAUUGGAGAAUAUUGUUGAUAAUCUGGUAUCGGGCAGUUGUCACGAGGACAGGAGUAUGCAUUUGGCGUCUGCGAAAUGCUUAGGCGAAUUAGGAGCUGUAGAUCCAAGUUAUAUGCCUUCAAACUACUCCUUUGAAAAUGGUAUCGAUAUAUCGUUGAGCGUACAUACAGACGACUUUGCGGUAUUAGCUUUAACCGAACUAUGUCGAGCUUAUCAAUAUAAAAAGGAAACAAAAUAUGUAGAUAACUUUUCUUUAGCCAUUCAAGAAACCUUAUCGGUUUUUGGUAUAUCACCUAAAGAGAGUAAGAAACUUAAUGUUUGGAUGGCAAUACCGAAGCGAACGCAACAGGUUAUGGAGCCGUUCUUGAGCUCUUGCUAUACAGCCAGCAAGCGGGAAAAUAAAAAUAGCGAACAUCCUCUCUUCAAAAGUAACGCAUUGAACUCUUAUGAAGAUUGGGCUUUUGCUUGGAGCUGUCGUUUAAUAGAUUUGGUGCAAAAUGACGAAACUAAUCAUCUACUCAACUCAUAUAAACCCAGUAUGAAACGUGAUAAUAAUAUGUUGGCAUUAUUCUUUCCAUAUAUAUUGCUGCAUGCUGUGCAGGAAUGCGAUGAAAUCGCAUUUCAAUGUAUAUUUGAGGAAUUUCAAGCAGUGUUUAAUUAUGGCGGGUCUGAUCCUCGAGAUCACAUCCAAACAGAAUGCGAUUUGGUUUGUUUUAAAGAAUUUAAAUCAACAAAAUAUUCAGCACAUAAUGUAUCAACGACAAUGUUAAAAAAGGUGUCCAACUUUAUGGAUACGGGCAAGAAAUUAGAAACUUGUAUUAAGUUGUGUUCCGAACAGUUGGACUUUUUGCAGAGAUGGCUGCGAGAAUGGCAGCGUGUGCACAUGGUUGGAGGCAAAAUAUCAGAACCGGAUCAGCGUUACAAAGCGAUCGAAGAAUUUAUGAAAAAGUUUAAUAAAUUUAAUGUGUCAAAGGCCAAUUACGAUGCGGGAGAUUAUACACGAGCUUUACUCUAUUUAGAGGAAUAUAUAGAAGAAAAUAUUGAAUCAAGAUUGCAAGAGCAACUUUCCUUUUUAAUUGAAAUUCAUGGUAAACUUAUGGAUUCUGAUUCGGUGGAGGGUGCGGUUUAUCUCAAGAAGACAAAUCUUACUUUGGCCGAGGAGAUAUUGGUAAAUCGUAUUGUAGAUCGUCCUCAAGAUACGAUUACUUGUUACGAACAAUUGUUGUGUAGUGGUGAUACCAUCAAUCAAGAGCAUAUCAAAGGCAUGAUUGAUUGUUAUCUGCGAAUGGAUAUCUCUGCCACAGCUUUACUUACAUUUGAUGGUUUGUGGCAGAAGUUGAACGAUCAAUAUACUGAUGAUUAUUUUAAAGAAUGCAAAUCUGAAUUGCUUUGGCGAUUGGGGCGCUACGAUGAGCUUGAAGAUUUGUUAGAGAACUCAGUGAUUAAGAGUAAGAUUACCAAUUGGAACAUACAAUGCGCUGAUGCAUUUCUAUUGUUUAGACAGCCAAAUGAAAUUGACAAUGCUUCUUCGCCUGGAUUAGCUUAUUUUCAGCAACAGUUGGAUAAUAUUCGUAGUAAUAUCCUUUUUAAUAUGCGUUUGUGUUCCGGUGUUAAUGAGUAUUCCUAUGAUAGUUGCUAUGACGAAAUGAUAAGAUUGCAUAUGUUGGAUGAGGUGGAAAAAAAUAAAGUUCUAAUUAACAAUAUUGUGACCAGUAUUAAGAGGCCCGUUCAAACAGGAAAUUUGAAAGAAGAAUGUAUGCGCAAAAUCCAGGAUUUUUUUAAUAAUUGGAAUGCGCGAUUAAAAAUUCUCCAACCCAUGGCGCGCGUUGUAGAACCCGUAUUUUGUUUGAGACGUAAUCUACUUUCGGAAACAAAGCGCAUUUUGUCUAAAUACGAAAAUCAUAACAAAGAACUGGUGAAACUCGUUAAUGAUUGCGUGAAUGAGGAAAUUGGUAAAUUAUGGAUACGCAGUGGUCAAAUGAAUCGUGUAGCUGGUUGCCUGCAACAAGCACAACUAAGCCUUAUGAAAGCCGAGCCAUAUAAGCCUCUAACUUUAUUUUUAGAAAAAGCUAGACUAAUGUGGCAAAAAGGAGAACAAACCUAUACAUUUAAAUUGCUAGAAGAAAAUAUUCUUCGUUUAGAAUCUUGUUGCGCAGGAGACAUACGCAAACUUGAUAACGUUCAGCGUGGCUUAUAUGCUGAGGCAAAAUUUCUACAGGCUACCUAUAACGCCGAAUCUAUGAAUAUUUGUUCCGAAUUGAAUUUGCGUUAUUUCAAGGAAGCUUUGGAAGGCAAUCGCUGUUCUGAAAAGUGUUACGUUCAUCUAGCUCAAUACAUGGAAAAAAUCUACGAUUCCUAUGCGGUAGAUCAGAGGGAAGGAGAAAUUGGGUACCGUCUAUUGCAAGAUAUAAUGCUAAAUUACGCUAAAGGUUUGAAGUAUGGUUUUGCCAACGUCUAUCAAUCCCUACCACGCCUACUGAGUAUAUGGUUGGACUUUACUUCGUACCUGGCAAGUUUAUGUGAUAAGCCCGCCUCAGGUUCGGCAACAGCUACAAAGUUGGCGGCGUUUCAAGAAAUAGCUCGCAAAAUGAAUGAUUUAAUUAAUAACUGCAAUAAUAUACUCUCCACUUCCAUUUUUUAUACGGCCUUUUCUCAAUUAUUGAGUCGGAUAUGUCAUCCUUCCAAAGAGGUCUAUGAAACUUUAAAGAAUAUCAUUGUUAAAUUAAUCGAGCAUUUUCCUCAACAAUCUUUAUGGAUGCUGUUGCCGGUUUUUAAAUCAUGUCAUUCCACUCGUAUAAAGCGCUGUCAUCUGAUUUUUACAGAUUCUCGCUUAGACAAGCCAAUAUUUCAAAAGUUACUAAAAGAUUUUAAUAUGCUGUCAGAGCGUCUAAUUGAAUUAACAAACAAGGAUGUAAGCUUUGAUCGUUCUUAUGAAUUAAGUUCAUUAGUUCGGCAGCUGCCGCGCCUUUUUCGCGAUCCAAAUUUUUCAGAAAUUAUGCUACCGUUUGAAAAAUACAUGCAAAUAUCAUUUCCCAUCAAUGCCAAUGCUGCAGAAUCUCUAAGUUUAAAUAAUAACAACGAAGUUGGAAUGCCGAAUACCAGCGGUGAUGGUUUCGCUUCGAUAAUACCUAGUAAUCCAUUCCCUUAUAAGUCUGUAUAUAUCCGAGGUAUCAGCGAAGAAAUAGUGGUUUUACGUUCAGCUGCUAAGCCCAAGAAAAUUUGUAUUGAAUGUAGUGACGGUUUGAGUUAUAAUGUAAUGAUAAAACCGAAGGACGAUUUGCGGCGGGAUUUUCGCUUAAUGGAAUUCAAUGGUCUAGUUAAACGCUAUCUACAUCAAGAUUCUCAGGCACGUCAUCGAAGUUUACGCAUACGUACAUAUGCUGCUAUCCCCUUUAAUGAGGAAUGCGGUUUAGUCGAGUGGUUGCCUCGAUUAAAUUCAUUUCGUGGGAUUUGUACUUCGUUUUAUCGUAUGCGCGGCCUUGGUGUGCCUGAUCGCAUUUUACGCCAAUGUGUUCUUGCACAAACUGAAAGUAUUGAAAAAAAACGUGCUUUGUUUACUCAAAAGCUAUUACCCCGCCAUCCCCCAUUAUUUCAUAAUUGGUUUCAUCAACAAUUCCCCACUCCACAUAGUUGGUAUCAAGCACGUACUGCUUAUGUUAAGACUGUAGCUGUUAUGUCCAUGGUUGGCUAUAUACUGGGAUUGGGAGAUCGUCAUGGCGAGAAUAUACUUUUCGACGAAACAAAUGGUGACGCUGUUCAUGUCGAUUUUAAUUGCCUUUUUAAUCAAGGCGAAUGCUUCGCAUAUCCCGAAGUUGUUCCUUUUCGUCUUACACACAACAUGGUUUUCGCGAUGGGCCCUUUGGGUGUUGAAGGUCUCUUUCGCAAAUGCUGUGAAAUUACUUUGCGCGUUUUAAAGGAUGAAGCUAAAACUUUAAAAUCAAUUUUACGUCCAUUCGUUUAUGAUUUGGGUAAUUUAAAUCGCACUAAAGCAAAAUCGUCGCCCGACUUGGAAAUAACCGAUCCUAAAGCUAUGUUAGACGUCAGGCGUAUCGAAGAACGUUUACAGGGUUAUGUGAAAAAAACUGAAGCCAAUGGCAUUCCCCUAUCUACCGAAGGUCAAGUGAAUUUCUUAAUUAAUGAAGCUACCGAUAUUGAUAAUUUGGCUGCCAUGUAUGUCGGAUGGGGUGCAUAUCUUUAAAAGUCACAUUCACUGAGUUGUAUAUGUUUAUAGCACCCACGUAAAACUAAUAAUGUAUAUAAGCGUUACCUUACAUAGGAGAUUUAUGGUCAUUGGCAUUGUAUACAAAGAUUUCACAACAGGCCGGCUACUGU